CAUAGAUAUUUGUAUGUUUUUUUUUUUUUUGGUUAAUUUCAUUUUUUUCAAUUGGCAAGAUGAUAAUCUCUCUUGCAACUAAAAAAAAAUAAUCAUACAUAUGUUAUUUUGGCCAAAGAAAAUUCAAAUGUUACUUGAAUAUGCUGCUUUCAAUUUCCUUUCAAAGGGCAAGAAUGUUUUUUAAUCCUCGAAUAACACAAUAGACAACACAUUUGUGCACACUGAAGUAUUAUUGACCUUAAAGAGAAGAAGAAGGAAGGUAGUUGAAUAUGCAUUUUUCUUUUGAUUUUUUUUUUUUAAGAAUUACUAUAAGGUCCCACUCAAUAUAUUUAAUUACUCUAAGGUCUUUUAACAAUUAGGUUGAUGUUAUUCCCUUUACUUCAAUUGUUAAAGUAUCUUCAACUAAUUAAUUGUGUUGUAUAUGACUUGUAUGUGAUCCUUCUUCUUCUUUGUUUCUUUUAAUAACAUAUGAACCGACGGUUCCUACUAAAUCCCAAUCCAAGUUGAUUCAUAGUUCAAGACUCCAGAACCAAGUUGCUGCCAGAUUAGCUAAAGAGGCUCUAAAAGUCUCUUCCUUUUUAGAUAUUGUUCCUUUGUUUCUGAAGGAUCUUGUGCUUAAUGAUUGUGUGAGAUUUUACUCCCCUUUCUACUUAGUUAGUUAAAUGGUACGGGCUUUGCCCUCUUUUCUAUCAAAAAACAAAAAUCCCAAUCCAAAUACUACUUGGGCCCAGGAGUAAUCAAGUAGGCUACAAAUAAAUGGUCGUUGAAAUAAUUAUGCAGUGAAAUUGGAUUUGCCUCAGAGAACAAGCCUCCAUUCAAGAAAUCCAUAGAUAUAGUGGGAUGAAAAUACAUAGCACUUUGGUACCAUGAUUCCCGUGAAACUUCCGGGAAGUUACGCUGACGAACAUUUUCAACAUUUUUAUUAUUAUUAUUUACAACGAUUAUACCGCCAUGUCCGAUGGAUGAUGGUCGCCGUUGUUAGACUUUUUUUCUUGGCAAUUCGUACAUGCCUUCAUCAUCUUCAGAAGAUUUCUCAAGUCAACGUACCCUUCAAGAAGAGUUACAGGAAGAUCUCUGCCCACCGCAGCCAAGCGCGUUCUUCUGAUCCAGUGAGAUCAGAAUCACAGAAUGGCUUCGAAAGAAGGAUGUGGUUGAAUUGUACAAACUAGAUGAACUUGGUAUGUCUGCUAUGAUCGCCAUCCACAAAUUAAUGGACCUGAGUUUUGCUGCCAGGAUCAACUUGCGAAGGACUGGUGGUAGCGAUCUGGACAAUUACUACAAUAACCACUUGCUCAUGCAGCAUGGUCUUUUGAGAGAGCUAGCCAUCCGUACAAGCAACAGGGAACCAGCUGAGAGUAAGAGAAGACUGAUCCUUGACAUGUUUGGAAAUCAUCAGCAUCCUGAGUGGUGGCCCAAGCACAGAGUAGAUGCUCCUAUACUGUCAAUGUCAACUGGUUUGUUUAAUUACCUCUUUCCAUCUCUAUUAUUGUCUUACUUAUGCACAAUCUCACGCAGGUUACAAUCGAAAUCAAUAUAAGAUAGCUUUUAGUGCUAUGCCAUUCACCUUCUUCCACAUUUUUUAUACAUAUCAAAACACUGCUCCAGAAUGGUUCAAAAAUCAAGCAGCUGGUGCUGUGGUUGUGAUUUUGAAUCUUAAGACUAGAGAAUUCAAGUUGCCUGAAUCCAUUAAAAAAAUGAGAAACCUGAGGGUUCUUAUUCUCACCGAUUAUGGCGUGGAAUAUCAAACUGAAUUCACAAACCCAGGGCUGUUUACUUCUCUAGGGAAACUGAGGAGGAUCAAAUUGCAGCAGGUUUCACUUUCUUACCCGUGCAAACUGAAGAACGUGCACAAGUUAUGUCUUUACAUGUGUAAAGUGAGGGAGGCUUUUGAAAACAACUCUAUGGAAUUCUCAAAAGCAAUGCCGACUCUGGUGGAGCUGAACAUUGAUUAUUGCAAAGAUUUAGUGGGAUUGCCUGUUGGGUUUUGCAAUAUAGCCACCCUGAAGAAGCUUAGCAUCUGUAGUUGCCCCAAGUUUUUUGAACUUCCCCAAGAAAUUGGGAAGCUUGAGAAGUUGGAAUUGCUAAGAAUUAGUCACUUCGCUGAGUUUAAGGAGAUGCCAGAGUGAAUCACCAAGUUGACGCGUCUAACCUUUCUGGACAUCUCAUACUGCAUAUUGCUUAAAGCUAAUGAGCCUAAAACAGCUGUAUAUGACGGAUUGUCCGGUAAAUGAAUUGCCAGAGUCGGUCGUCCAUAUGAAACAUUUAAAGAGUGUGAUAUGCGACAAAGAUAGUUAUGUUUAUUGGGACGUUAUCGAAUCUAAUGUCAAUAGAGGACUAAACAUAAAGAAGGCCGUGGGCGAUGAAGACUUAAAUUUUCUUUCCUGAUGAUCCUUCCUCAAGCUUCAA